AUGGCAGCAACGGGCGCUCUGGGCGGCGUCGAGAUGCUCAUCUGGCUGGAGGCGGCGCGCAGGCUGCGCUGCACGUUCAGCGUGCGGGAGCCCGACGUCGACAACCGCUACGGCAACUUCUCCGGCAACGGCAGCGUCAGCGGCGGCAUCUUCCAGUUCCUCAUGGACGGUACCGCCGACGUGGGCUUCGCCUCUGUAUGGCUCAGCACCAUGACGAUGAAUGUGACGGAUCCAGCGCCGGUGUGGGCGCAGGUGUGUGUGACGUUCCUGGUGCCGCGUCCCCGUCCACUGGUGGGUCAGCUUUCCGCCCUCUGGAGGCCGCUGCAGCCCGCCGUCUGGGACGCCGUUGCCGUCUGUUUGUUGCUGCAUGCUGCGGCUGCUGCCCUCUUAGAUGGUUCCGUUGUGAGCUGGAGAGGAGACGAGCGACGGCCCAGGCGAGAGACGUGCAGACGGCUGGUCGACGCCGCAGUGCGGCGCUCACCGUGGGCGCUGGCUGCGGCGCUGCUGGGGUCGGUGGCGGCCCUGCUGGGGCAGCCGACGCCGCACGCUCGGGGCGCGGCGCGGCGCGCGCUGACGGCGGCGUGGCGGCUGCCGGCGUUGCUGCUGUCCACCGCCUUCUGCAGCGCCCUCGUGGGGUCGCUGGCCGCGCCCGCCUACGAGGCGCCCCUCGACUCCGUGGCCGACAUGCUGCGGCACGGCCUCUCCUGGGGCAACGUGUACCGACAGCCGCUAAACAUCUUCCUGGACCUGCAGAAGCCGGCGCACGCGCAGUGGGCCUCUCGCUGGCGCCAAGAGCGGCGCGGCGCCCGCGCCCGCUUGGUGGAGACAGGUCGGUACGCCGUGCCGGCUGGCGCGCUGGGCGCAUUCGUCUUCGUGGAGGGCGAGUCCGUGGAGGCAGCCACUGUCGCCGGCUUGCGCCGCAUUCACGAGUGCACCUGCACCGCAUACGUGGCGCACGUCUUCCCCAGGGACUCGCCGCUGUUCGCGCCCUUUAGCUCGCUGGUGCUGCGCAUGCUGUCCUCCGGGCUGGUGGAGCUGUGGCAGAGCAGAGCGACGGCGCAUACGCUGCUGGGCCUGCAGAGCGCCUUCCUGCUGGCUGCCGCCGGGCUCAGCGCCGCUGGCGCCGUCUUUGCCGCGGAGCUGCUGCUGGCCGCGUGGCGCCGCCGCAGACGACAAGCUGAGGGCCGCGGCCAAGGACCACCGAGCCGACGCACCACAGCUCCACGUCAAUGA